UUCGUUGAAAGCAUUCAUCAUUCAAUUGAUAUUUGGUUUCAGAUUUUAUAUUGUAGAUUAAAUAACUAAAUAAUAAACAAAAUACUAUGUGCAGAAUAAACAAAUCAUGAUUUGGUGGAACCUUUAUCUUUCAAAACUUAUCAUGACAUAUCGUUAACUCGGACAUAUCAAUCGGCUUCUUAAAGAUGCUCCUCCGGACGAAGCUGGGGAGGGAGUCUGAUGUUUACGUAAUCAUCUGCCUGCUUUUAUGCAAAGCGAACAUAUGUUCUACUAGCAGUGGCGCGGAUGAUAACGGGGAUUCGUUGCUUCCUGUUCGAGCUCUUACUUCAGUGCAAUUCGACCGCUCUUCGAUUUGGCUGGGCGAGAGAGCCGAGUUUCAAUGCAUUAUCUCGAUGAAUAUUUUCAUGUCUGAUUACGACUUCUAUGUAAGAUGGCCUUACGGAAUUUGGAGCACAGAACUUCCGGAAGAAGCUCAGCCUAGCAAUAUUUACAACAUUAUAAACGAAACUCACAGGCUGAUGGGGAAGAUAGUGUUCCAGGCUACUUACCGUGACGACGGAGAAUACGUGUGCUCUGCAGUGACCGACGAUACCCCUGUUCGUUCUCAGACAAUAAAACGUCGUCUUACAAUUUUAUCUUCAACGAAGUCCUUGACAAUGACUCCGGCAAGUGGCACUCAGAUUACAACGUCUGAAGGCGCAACUGACAACGUGGAAGUAUCGUGUCUGGCUGAACUGGCAAAUCCGGCUGCUGAGAUCACAUGGUCUCUCAAUGGGAAAUCAGUGGAGUUGGAUCCGAGAUUCACAAUUGCAGAUCCUAUCAUUCAAGAUUCCCCGAAUUCGAAUGACCCUCGAAAGAGUACGGAGUCGAGAGUGAGUUUGAGUGCGGCAGCAGUGACUAUGGAUCUCCAUAUGCAAGAUCUGUCUUGUCACGCGAAGAGCGAAGCAGAUGUCACUGCCAGAAACUCAACUGUUCGCUUUAAUGUCUUGUAUGGACCGCGUGUUUCUCUGAAAGUGAGUCCGACUUUAAUUCACCCGCAGCACCGCUCCAUCGCAGUCGACUGCCAGGUGGACGCCAACCCCGCCCCCUCCCCACAGCAGUACAGGUGGACCCUGGACGGAGGGGACGAAGGACUGUCAGUGGCAUCAUCCACAUUCACUCAGUCAGACGCAGAUAACACGGACGCCCAGAGGAACACUCAACAACAGCACACCAAUUCGAUACUGGUCGACGUUGACUCGAGCAUGGAGAAUAAGGAACUGAAGUGUCAAGUGUCUACUGUCAUUGGGGGCAAAACAUUCACGGACUCUGCUUCUCUGUUGCUACACUUCGCACAACCGCCACAGUUCAUAUCGGAGCUGCCGAGUGAGAAAGUGGUUAAAGAGGGGGACUCGUUUGAACUAGUUUGCGAAGCGGAGGGGGAGCCGACUCCCUCGGUGGAGUGGAUCCGAAACGGAGUCAGGGAAGUCUCGGGAUCUGUGUUGUCAAUCCAGAGAGCAGAGAAAAGUCACAAUGGGGAAUACACGUGCAGAGUGUAUUCAGAAGGGUUCGAGCCAAUAACUGGGACGACACGAGUUCAAAUAUAUGGUGCGCCUGUGAUUCUGAUGGAUGCGAAAGUAGAAGUGGUACUGGGCGACAGUGCAGUGCUGAGGUGUGACGUGGAUGCCAGUGUCGUCACUCCUGGACUAGUCUCUUGGAAGAGAAGCAAUGGCCACGACGGAGGGGCGGGACACACUAUGCCGGAAGGAAACUUUCAGAAGUAUUCGGUGGAGAGGAUAGAGCAUGACCACUUUGUCUCCAUGGUGCUCACUGUCUUCCAGGUGGGACCAGAUGACUUGGGACAGUACAACUGCACCGCCUACAACGAUGCAGGCAUCACCUCCAAAGUCAUACUUCUGCAGGAGCAGGGUGCAAUUAUGUUGAACGGGGAAGAGGGUUUUCUGUCGUCUCAGCUGGUGAUGAUUGUAUCCAUUGGAGCUGUCUCUCUCGUUCUAGUCUCCCUUCUCACAUUCUGCGUCACAUGUCUCUGUUACAGAGCCAGAAAGAUUGACAAAGUAGUUCUGAGUGGAAUGAACGGAACGUCAGACACAGACAAAGAUGCUUCUUCGAAAGCGCCGCCCUACAAAGUGGAAGUGCGGCCCAAUUCGACCCACCAGGAUGUGGACCACCUCAAGAUGUCUCACAAUUCCCUCGACUGUUCCCAGACCACACCCCCUUGUCAUAGUCACAGCAACAGUGUCAACACAAUACCCUAUAAUGGGAACCAGACUUCGCUGGAUCGCAUGUUCGUACAUGGCACACAGUUCCAGCAGCAUAGAGGCAGUGUCCCAAUGAACAUCGGGGGACACCCAGGAACUCUAUCGGACAAUAUGUCGCCGUCGUCCACAGCAGCUUUCCUGGCAGCAGCCGCGGCUGCAUCGAACAACCAGAGGAUGUUUGCGUCUCAAGAAGAGUAUGAACGCAAUUGUCUAAAUGAAGAGCUCUACAAGCAUCAGUUACAUCACCAAUCGCAGCAAAGACUAGCGCAAGGGGGAGGAAUGAUGGUCGGGGGUGGGGGAGUGGGCGGCGGUGUUUCCAGUAACCAGCAGCAACUGAUUCAAGUAGUGAAUCAUCGCAACUCAUUGCCCCCUAUAAGCGCGAGCGCGGCGUUGCACUCUCAAAUGCACAAACUGUCAAACCAGCAGAUACACAUCGACCCCGACUCUCAAUCCGUGCAAUAUUCAACCCUCGGACACACUUCGGGAGCCAACAUGCAUGUUCCAUCGCACCACGUCAUUCCCAGCGACCAGAUCGACAGCUCCAGUCAUCUGGGAAUGUACUUCAGUGGACAGGCAGCUCGAGGCAAUCCGAUGGCUUUGGGUUCCCAUGGCAUGCAAUACAUUCCUCGCAGUACUACACUAGAUGCAAUUGGAGAUGGCAGUUAUGCAUUCAUUGGCAGUGGUGGAAACCCUAAUGGGUCCAAUUCAGAUCGAAGUCUAACUUCGGAGGAAAUGUCGAAGCAUCUAAUCAGGGUUCAUGGUCCGCUUGAAAUUGAUUCAGGCCUAGGAUCCUCGAUCCAGGAGUCGCCACCUAUUGCAGCAACAACAACGCUCCUGCAACUGGCGAAUAAGCAAGAGCAGCAAUCGUAUGCAGUUACUUCGAGUGCAUGUCCGCCUACGUCAGGCUUCUUGUCUUACAAGGAACCGUCUCCCAGUGUAAGCUUGGGAUCGCACAGUUCAUUAGCCCAAGCCAGGAGACCCUUGAAGCCUCCACCUUAUGAUUUGAACCAGCCCUCCCCAGUAAGUUUUAUGGGAUCUCUAGGCCGAGGAGUGAAACCGUCGGCCAGUCUCGAUCACAUUUCGGGGAGCUCUAAGUCAUCAAACGGUCUAAAUAGUGGAAAUAUUCCGCUAGCUUUACGAGAAAAGCCGCCGGCAGUCUCAACGUUUAAACCCAAAGGUCAGAUGGGUGCGUCUAACAGAUCUUUGAAUAGAGUGGACGAAGUGUUUGACCCCUCGACGGACAUUUUACCAGGGGUCACAAAGGGAGUGUCUAAUAGUGGACCCUUUCAAAGUGAUACCACACCUGUGCAUAUGUCCAGAGUCUAUCAUCAGAGUCCACCAGCGGGGUUCCAAUGUGAAGCUGACAAUAACCAGCAGGCUUCUGACAGUGGAGUUGUUUCGCAUUCGCAGGCGGUGCGAAAACCCAACAAGACUUUCGUUGCUCAGAACAGACCUGUGAGCUACGCUUCUACUGGAGCGCUACAUCGAGGAAGGCAAAGCAGCGAUUCAAGCGAAGUGAGCGAAUCUGCAGUUCGAAAUCCGAAUGAAAGGGCGGCGCUUUCAAACGCCACGUUGAGUAGUUUGGGUCAUAGGCGCAAGUCGUCGAUGAAAAACAAAGUCCGAUUUUGUGACGAAGAAACAAGCUACCCUACCGACGCAGAUGUCGAAGACUCGGAUUUCUCGGAUAUUUCUUCGAGUUAUUCGCAGCAGAGUUCAAUCCCAGUGCAUAUCACUGCUUCCCAAAAUAGUAGAAGAUACAAUAUUGAGAAAUCCUCCAAUCAACAUUCAGUGUCAAGCAGCCCCAACAACUCUUUCGCUCUCGUGUAGAUAGACUUUCACUCUAUUUUAUAAACAAAUUGCUUCAAGCAGUCUUAUGCUCUUAUCAAAAAAAUUACGAAAUCUAAUUGCAAUUUAUUUGUAUCGCGAUAGCGCAUAUCCCACAAUUAUUCCAGUAACUUAAUUCCAGCGUAAAUUUUAGCCACAUAUCAAAGUAUCUUACAAAUUCAAUGUCUUUUUUCAGA